AUGACCUCGGCCGAACCGGACUACGCGCCCUCCCGGCUGCCCGUGAACACGCACGGCGGCCUGCUGGCCUUCGGCGCGCCGUGGGAGGUGCCCGCCAUGUACAACGUCAUCGAGGCCGUGGAGCAGCUGGCCGGGCGCGCAGGGGGCAGGCAGGUGCCCGGCGCCAGGCGGGCGCUGGUGUACGGCAACGGGGGGAUCUUCUCCCACAGCGCCGUCGCCAUCCUCGCGGCGCCGGUGGACGGGAGCGCCAGCCCGCCGCCCGACGCGAGAGGCCGGCGCCGGGGCUCGCCGAAGAAGGCCCCGCGGCCGCCGAAGGAGGACGCUGCGCGGGACCCGCGGCCCCCGGAGGAGCAGGCCUCCGCCCCGCCGCCGCCGAAGCGGCGGAACUGCCUGGAGAUGGGCGUGCCCGCGAAGCCCAGCGCGGCCGCGGCCGAGGCGGAGCGGAGGGCGGCGCGCGAGGCGAAGGAGGCCGAGCGGAAGCUGCAGGAGCAGGCGGAGCUGGAGGCGAAGCGGAGGCGCGAGGAGCAGGAGCGGCGGCAGCUCGAGCUCCAGCGGAAGCGGCAGGAGGAGGAGAAGAGGCAGCGCGAGGCCGAGGAGCGCCGCCGGGAGCAGGCCAGGCGGCGGCAGAAGCAGGAGCAGGAGGAGGACGCCGAGGCGCCGCAGGACUUCGUGCAGCUGCAGACGCGCCGCAUGGGGGCCGUCGAGCUGCGCAGGCAGCGCGAGGAGGAGGAGCGCCAACGGCUCGAGGCGGAGCUGCAGCGGAAGGAGGAGGCCGAGCAGGAGCGCCGGAGGGAGCGUUGGGAGCUCCGCCGCAUGGUGGAGGAGGACCGCCGGCGGCAGAAGAUGGAGGUGGAGGAGCGCCGAGCGUGGAGGGAGGCGCAGAAGAAGAGGGAGGCCGAGAGGCGCAGGCUCGAGGCCGAGGCCGCGGCGAAGAGGCGGUCCGAGGAGGAGGCCGCCGCGGAGAGUCGGCGCAAGGCCGAGGAGGAGGAGAAGAGGCGCCAGCAGGAGGCGAAGCUGAAGGAG